AUGAGUUUAAAAGAAGUAUUCGAACAACAUCCAUGGAGGUCAUUUAAGAAAUUCAAUGAAGCUGCAAAGAGUUGGGGAUUUACUAACAGAGCUGAAGUGAAAAGGUUCUUUGACAAAAAUGUUGUACAUCAAACAAAAAUAAAUCCUUACGACUACUUUUUACCAAUUUACUCCAACACUCCAGACGCAUACCAAUUUGACACACUCAUUCAAAGCAGAAAAGGAGGACAUAAACCAUUCCUCAUCUUCAUAAAUGUUAACACUCGUAAAGCAUAUGCAUAUCCAAUGAGGAACAAAGGAACUCGUGAAGUGUUAAGAGUUUUACAAAAGUUUGCAGCAGAACAUAACCCAAGUACUUUAACAUCAGACCAAGACAGUGCAUACCUCAGCAACGAAAUCACAGAAUUUCUCAUUAAGCAUAACAUAACUCACUACACUACUGAAGACCAUAACCAUAACAUACUCGGUAUCAUUAACCGCUUCAUAA